AUGGGCAUAACUGAAUUCUGCUCCCAAUGUGGUACAGUGCUUUUGUUACCGCUGACUGCUCCCACCAUCAUUACUUGUAAUUACUGUCACUCAAAAUGCCGAAUCAGAACCAUCCGAAACGAGUUGGUAUGUAGAGUCGAGAAGAUAUAUAAAAAGCACAUUAAGAGUAACAAAGAAGAAGGGAUUUUAGAAAAUCCUAUCGUAGAGAAAACUUGCGAAAAAUGUGGACACGAUAAGAUGAGCUAUGUAUGUAGACAGACACGAUCUGCUGACGAAGGACAAACAGUAUUCUAUAAAUGCUUGAAAUGCAAUAAUAAUAUUGUUGAAAAUGCUUAA